GGUAGAUCAUCCAUUCCAGGUUGGCUAUUAAGUACAUGCUCGCUUGGUGAGUACAUUUGACAGCAACACACCGUAACAGGACGUCAUACUGGUUACAGAGUGGGUGUAAACGAUGGACAGACGGAUGGACAGAGGCUCCGGUGUGAGGGGUAUUGUGGUGGUACUAACUGGGGACCUCAAAGACGAAGUGCAUGGUAUCUUGCUGGAUUGACAAGACGAGUUCAAGCUCAAAGGUCCUAGUUUACUCUUCCGGCUUCCAUGCAUGAGCCUGAAUGCUGCUGGAAGACCGGCUAGCGCGAGUAAAAUCGGAAUGGGGAAACCGGACUAUGAUUUGCAGCUCAGUGGCCAAGCAAUCAUUUUUGCGACUAGCAUUGCUGGUCACCUCUGAGGAUGGUACACGAACUGACCCGAGCGUCUUUCUUGGGGCUAUAGAUUCAAGAUGGCGCACUCAAACAUUUGGUUCUCUCAUCCUCGCAAGUACGGCAAGGGCUCUCGGCAAUGCCGCGUCUGCGCCAACCAAGGUGGUAUCAUUCGCAAGUAUGGGCUUGACAUCUGCCGUCAGUGCUUUAGGGAGAAGGCCGACGCUAUUGGCUUUGUCAAGAACCGCUAAACAUUUUGUCAUCUCGCGCGCUGCCGCGCCCCUCCAUGACCUCCCUCUUUGUAUGCAUUUGUACAAUUGAUUGAUCCGGCACGCACAGCUGCGAAUCUUCUCGC